CCCUUAGGGUUAACACUCACACGUAUUCUGCUGUGGUCGCUGCAAAGAUGGAGCCAGAGGUAGUGGAGGCAGAGCUGGUUUUGCCUAGUUAUCUCAGUUUCAAGAAGGUUCAAAUGUAUGAGAAAUAUCCUAAAGGCCAAUCCAGAGGCAGGCACUGGAAACACCUUAAACAGAUUAUUCAGGCUGAGAAUUACCAAAAUUACCCUCCUGAGGAACCCAAUUAUGUCAAUAUUGAAUCGCCCCCCUCUAUGCAUCCCUCCAAGAAAAUUUGUGAUAUUACUGGCUUUGAGGCACCUUACUAUGAUCCUAGGACCAACCUCCGGUAUGCUAACACUGAAGUUUUCAAGAUCAUAAGAUCGCUUCCUAAUGAAUAUGUGCAGAGAUACCUAGCUUUAAGGAAUGCUCAAGUGGUUCUUAAGUAGUUCUUUUACUUUUUCAACUUCUGGAAUAUUAAAUAGGUUUACUCGUUGGACAUUAUUAAGUGAUGUCACUCAUCUAUGCAUCAUCAUCAUCAUAUUGAUCUUUUUCUGAUAUUUAGCUAGCAAAUUGCAUAAAAUCUAGUUACAUUCAAGCAAUGAUGGUGUAUGUACUAAGUAGAAACACAUCCAAUGUAAUAAAAGUUGGAGUAACUUCAUGUGGCUUGGACAGAUUGAUUCUAGUUUGACACAUUGAAUUUCUUCUGUCAGGUUUUAUAA